AUGCGAUAUUCAAGUAUUUUUCCGCAAGGUAUUAUUGAAGUUGGUGAAGUAUACGAUGCAUCAGGCCAGUACAGCCCCAACAUUCUCUUCGGCAACGAGUACUGGCUGGGGUCGCAAAACGCUUGUUACGAUCUCCAACUCAAGCAGUACUACGACCAAGUGUCACCAUUCCCCACCACCUUCUACGUGGCCAAGAUCAACUUGACCGUCGAUGGAGAUCAUAUACCAAUGACAAGAUCAAUGCUGGUGGGGCAAUGUAUGCCGUUAUCUUGUGACAACAAAGCUGUCCAGGCUUUACUACUAGCUGCGGAGACGAAUGCGGCCAGCCGUGCUUCAGCAGCUAACAUCACAGCCACAGCACAAACACUUUACGUGCGCCCCGUACCUGGACCUUACAAUUUCCUUGAAGAUUUCAAGUUUCACAUCAUAGGGGCAGUCAUCAUUAUAGUUUCGUUAUGGAUGUUGGCGGCAUCUCUUUACGAAGCUCAGCUGGAGCGGCGGUAUAGAUCUGAACAGAAACAUGACCUUGAACUCGCCAACAACAAUCAUAAGCUACCACCUAAUUCUCCUAGCUGCAAUGACAGUAUUGGAGAAGAAAUUAAAGACAAGGACCUUCGACGAGAAAGAUGUGGUGUGUGGUCGGAAAUUCUGCUGUCGUUCUCCAUACUAUCAAACGGGAGAGCUAUUCUUAGCACCCGGCGCCCCAACGACGGGGCUCUAACCUGCCUACAUGGAAUGAGGUUCUUGUCAGUGCUAUGGGUGAUAAUGGUACAUACGUACUUAACAAUAUUUUACAUAGCAGACAAUAAACAAAUGAGAGUCGUCACAGAGAGGAACUUUUUAUACCAAUCAGUUGGUAAUGCUUCGUACUGUGUUGAUACCUUCUUUUUCAUUAGUGGCCUGUUAGUAACCGUACUAUUCCUACGCACCGAAGAUAAGAAAACGAAACGUAAAACCGAGAAAAGAGAUAAAGACGUGAACAAAAAUAUCAAUGGCUACACCAACUCCGCCUUAUCAGUAUCCAUAAGCGAACAAUCCUUUUACGAAGAUGUCUUGGAUAAGCCCAAAUCGAGUAUAAAGAUCUCCCGAAUGACACGAUCUUUCCUCGUCCUACUUUCAUAUAGAUUGGUGAGACUGACGCCAGCAUACGCCUUCGUUAUAGGAAUUAACGAGCUGGCUUUACGAUACACACAUAACCAUACGGUGUUCGAGCCGGCCAUCUUUGAUCACAUCACAUGUGAGAAAUAUUGGUGGAGGAAUGUGCUGUAUAUCAACAACCUGUUCCCACAGAAGGACAUGUGCAUGGUGUGGUCUUGGUAUAUGGCCAACGAUACGCAAUUUUACGUCGUUGGUAUUAUAUUGCUGUUAAUUUCGGUAAAGCACUUGAAAUUGGCAACAAUUUCACUCGUUUUGGUUCUGGCAAGCUCUUGGAUAACUACAAUAUACAUAUCGGUAUGGCACCAGUACAAAGCUCGGAUUCAGGAACCCUUCGAAAUGUUCGAUCCACUUUACGACAAGCCGUGGUCAAGAAUUGGACCGUACUUGAUCGGUAUGAUGGUGGGCUGGUAUUUACACAGAACAAAGUGUCAAGUGAAAAUACCUUACUGGUUGGUGGCUAUUGGAUGGCCUGCUUCUAUCGCAAUCAUUGGAAGCCUCAUUUUCGGCAUGGUGGACGGAUAUUUUGAAGUUUGGCCUACAGCAUUCUAUAUUAGCAUUGGACAUACGGGAUGGGGAGUGGCACUCGCCUGGGUGGCCAUAGCUUGUUGCUGUGGAUAUGGUGGUCUCGCGAACUCUCUGCUGUCCUACAACGGAUGGUUACCAUUAAGCCGACUCACGUACUGCGCGUAUCUGGUACAUCCAACCAUCAUGAUGUACACCUCUUUCUUGCUCGAUGGACCUCUUCAUCUACAGAAUUCUAUAGUGAUAACACUAUACGCCGGGUAUGCAGUUCUGGCGUUUUUAGCCUCGUUCGCCAUUUCCCUCGCCUUCGAAGCACCGGCUGUGAGGCUUUUAAAGAUCGCUAGCGGGGGAGAUAAGAGUAAAAAAGCUCGCUGA